CGAGUCGAGACUUGACAAGGCGAUCCGCCCAUCAAUCCCUCAUAAAUUUAAAUCAAUAACCGUCGUGAUAGGUGCCAAAAAUCAAGUCACGUGCUCUGAUACGCGUCUCGGCGUCUUAUAAGUUAUAGUGUUUUACGUUCUGCAAUUUCAGAUUCGACCGCGGUAACAAGAAGUAGGGCAAUACUACCCGGGAAGUAUCCCCAAACAAAUUCCCUGAGGCUGGGCUUCCGAAUCGUAUAAAACAUGGGCUUUGAAGACGACUUUUUUUCAUUCCCUCACCGCUCUUUGAACAGCCUUGACAGCUGAACUCUUAACCAACCUUCUUAAUCCUCUACUCUCAACAAUGUUCGCUCGCAUCUUUGCUAUUGCCUCUCUCGUCGCCUUCGCUCUUGCCAAUGGCCAGUGCAACACCGGCAACAUCCAGUGUUGCAAGAGUGCUACUUCUGUUGAGAAUUACAACUUGAUGGCCUCCAAUGACCCGAGUCUCAUCACUAUUCCUGCUGACCUUGUUGGCCUUGUUGGCCUUGACUGCAGCGCUCUCACCAUCGUGGGUGGCGGCGCAGGCUGCGAGGCUAACCAGGAACCGAUGUGCUGCAGCAACAACAAAUACGACGGUGUUGUGAAUGUUGGUUGCACUCCCAUCAACAUCAGCCCCUAGAUACCCAGUAUACCUUUGGUGGACAAUUGGUCAAUAUAAGGUUGGAAGGUCGCUCAUUUGAUCUCGAUAUCUCUCGCCCUCUUACUACUACAUAAUAAUACACUCUAUUUGCUUUU